CCCUCGGUAGUGAUAAAUAUACCUCUGCUCGUGGCUUGAGCUUCGGUUUUUAAGCGAGCAACCAAGCUCCUCUCCCCCCUCUCUCGCUCUUGGAGUCUUCGAGCGAGCGAGCUGUCUCCGGGCUCCGAUCCAAACCCACGGGGAAAUCCUUUUGUGAUGCUAAUCUCCUCCCUGAAAUGCUCCAUCGCCGCGGCCUGGAACCCCGGAAACCCCGAGCUCGUUCGCUGCGCGGGCGGUGGAGAUCUGGGCUUCCUAGGAUUUAACAGGAAUCACAUGCGCUCGCAAAGCUCGGCUUAGGGUUUCCCCACUUCCUUCUCCGGCUUCUCGGGUAACGAGCUGGUUUUCCUGGUUCAAAGAGCUUCUUCCGGAUAACUGUGGGGAUAUGGUUUGAGAUCGAGGCGUGGUUGAGGAGGCAAGCUUGUUCUGGUGCUUCGGGAGCUUUUGUUGCUGGCUUGAAGUGCUGGGAGAGCUUCUGAGGGUUUUGCUCGGUUGCUUCAGUUGAGUUAGCUGGUGUACUUUAGCUUGGUUUUUUUUCUUAUUUCUUGAGGCUAGUUACUAGCCUUUCUGCUCUUGUUCGAAACCUGGGGUGGAGAUUGCUAAAGCAGGAGUUUUGGUUAGAAUUGCUUCUGACGUUUGGAAGCCCAGGCUGUACCAGGCCUGAGGAAACGGAAACUUGUGAAAUCUGGGAUCUCGAUUUUGGUUUCAUCUGGAAUUUCUUUGUCAGAAGGUGGAAAUAAUCUUUUCAUGUUUCAGAUUAAAAUAUGUAACUCUUAAGGCUUGCAUGGCUAAUGUCAGGAACUGAUGAGACUGGACACGAGAAUUUCCUGCAGUGAAACUGACUUCGGGUGAAGGGUGUGAGCAUAUAGCUUCUGGCUUUCUUUCACUAAGUGGUGUAUUUCAGGCCAAUUUUGUGUUGGUCCUCUUCUUCAAGGUGUAGCUGUUGGAUGAACUGAAGCAGUGGGUUCUUUAUAGCAUUUUCAAGCAGGGAAGAUAAAAGUGAUAGUUUUGUUGACGAGGUGCCUCCAUUCAGAGAAUUGACCGGUGUGUUGAAGAAAAAGAAGAGCUUUUGUCUUCAGCUUUUUUGGUUCCUUUCGCAUUAAACCCUUCGACAUCUGCAAGAGAUGAGGCCCUCAUCAUCAGGUCUUGCAAAUCAGCCUCAGGAAGAAGAACAAAGAUGUCUGAAUUCAGAGUUAUGGCAUGCAUGUGCUGGACCUCUUGUAUCUUUACCUGUUGUUGGAAGUCGUGUGAUAUAUUUCCCACAGGGCCAUAGUGAGCAGGUGGCUGCAUCAACAAACAAGGAAAUUGAUUCCCAUAUUCCCAACUACCCUAGCUUGCAGCCGCAGCUGAUCUGUCAGCUGCAUGAUGUUACGAUGCAUGCAGAUGCAGAGACAGAUGAAGUUUAUGCCCAAAUGACAUUGCAACCUUUGAGCCUGCAAGAGCAAAAAGAACCCUAUCACCCUACUGAACUGGGUACUCCCAGCAAACAGCCAACCAAUUAUUUCUGUAAGACACUGACUGCAAGUGACACCAGUACACAUGGUGGUUUCUCUGUUCCCCGUCGAGCAGCUGAAAAGGUUUUUCCUCCAUUGGAUUUUUCGCAGCAGCCUCCUGCACAAGAGUUGAUUGCAAGGGACCUUCAUGGAAAUGAGUGGAAAUUCCGUCACAUCUUCCGUGAACACAUUCUUGAUGCAGGUCAGCCAAAGAGACAUCUUCUUACAACAGGAUGGAGUGUUUUUGUAAGUGCCAAGAGACUUAUUGCGGGGGAUUCGGUCCUUUUUAUCUGGAAUGAAAACAAUCAGUUACUUCUGGGCAUUCGGCGUGCUAAUCGACCACAAACAGUUAUGCCUUCAUCAGUUUUAUCAAGUGAUAGCAUGCACAUAGGCCUUCUUGCUGCAGCUGCUCAUGCUGCUGCGACAAAUAGCCGUUUUACCAUAUUUUAUAACCCUAGGGCAAGCCCUUCUGAAUUUGUUAUACCGCUAGCUCAGUAUGUUAAAGCAGUCUAUCACACACGUGUUUCUGUGGGCAUGCGUUUCCGAAUGCUUUUUGAGACAGAAGAGUCAAGUGUUCGCCGAUACAUGGGCACAAUUACUGGGAUAAGUGAUCUGGACCCUGUCCGUUGGCCAAACUCGCAUUGGCGUUCUGUGAAGGUUGGCUGGGAUGAAUCAACUGCUGGAGAGAGGCAGCCGAGGGUGUCCUUAUGGGAGAUCGAGCCUCUAACAACAUUCCCAAUGUAUCCAACUCCUUUUCCUCUCAGGCUUAAGCGUCCAUGGCCUACAGGAUUGCCCUCAUUGCAUGGUGGAAAAGAUGAUGAUCUCGAUCUGAGUUCUCCACUGAGGUGGCUUCGAGAUGGUGGAAACCCAGGGGUCCAAUCUCUGAAUUUCCAGGGAAUUGGUGUUACACCUUGGUUGCAGCCAAGGCUUGAUGCUUCAGUACUUGGCCUGCAACCUGACAUGUACCAGUCAAUGGCUGCAGCUGCACUUCAGGAAAUAAGGACUGUGGAUCCUACAAAACAGGUAUCACCAACUAUUCUGCCAUUCCAGCAACCUCAAGUAACAAGCAGAUCCAGCCAUCUGUUACCGAGCCAGAUUCUGCAGCAAGCACAACCUCAAUCACAGCAAAACUUCCAUCAUACCAUUCAAGAUAACCAGGUUCCAAGCCAGACUCAGUCCCAAUUCCUUCAGCAUCAGUUGCAGCAUUGCAACUCAUUUGGUGAGCAGAAGCAGCACCAACAAAUUCAGCAGCACCAAAUACCACAGCAGCAGCAGCAUCUGCAAAUACAACAGCAACAACAGCGUCAACAAAUGCAACAACAGAAGCACUUGUCUGAUCAUCAACAAAUUCCUAACGUAGUGUCUGCCUUGUCUCAGUUUUCCUCUGCUUCUCAUUCCCAGUCUCCACUGCAAAAGAAUUCCUCAUUUUCCCAACGACAGAACCUUCCAGAUUCUAAUGGUAACUCUGUUUCAACUUCUAGUGCCUUCCCCCUGCAUAAUAUUUUGCGACCAUUUUCUCCAGAAGACACGCCACUCAGUUUGCCAAGAACUACCCCUCUAAUCGCUUCCAGUCCAUGGCCAUCUAAACGAGUUGCAGUUGAGUCGAUUCUCCCAUCAGGUGCUCAGUGUGUUGUUCCCCGUGUGGAACAGUUAGGUGCCACACAGCCUAACACCUCUCCACAUUCUGUAACAUUGGCACCUUUUCCAGGAAGGGAAUGUUCGGUGGAUCAUGGUAACAUGGAUCCCCAAAACAAUUUGUUGUUUGGGGUUAACAUAGAUUCCUCGUCGCUUCUGGUGCAAAAUGGCAUGCCGAGCCUCAGAACUGUUGUCAGUGAAUCUGAUUCAGCAGCCAUGCCAUAUGCUGCUUGCAAUUUUUUGAGUCCCUCAGGAACUGACUUCCCAUUGAAUCAAGCCCUGACUAGUUCCAGUUGUUUGGACAAAUCUGGUUUUUUGCAUUAUUCCCCUGAGAAUAUGGAUCACGUGAACCCUCGGAGCGGGACCUUUGUGAAGGUUUACAAGUCAGGGUCCUUGGGGAGGUUGCUGGAUAUCACCAAGUUUAGCAGCUACCAUGAGCUGCGUAGUGAGCUUGGGCGUCUGUUUGGCCUUGAAGGCCAGUUAGAAGACCCUGUGAGAUCAGGCUGGCAGCUUGUAUUCGUUGACCGGGAGAAUGAUGCUCUUCUUGUUGGCGAUGAUCCUUGGCAGGAAUUUGUGAACACUGUAUACUGCAUAAAGAUACUCGCGCCCCAAGAAGUGCAGCAGAUGGGCAAACAAGGUGUUGAUCUUCUGAACUCGGCACCCAUCAAAAGACUCCCCAGCAACAGUUGUGAUGGCUAUGGAAGCCGGCAGGACUCGAGAAAUCUGAGCGCUGGUAUCACAUCUGUGGGGUCUUUGGAUUAUUGAAGAAGUCUGCUAGGCUUUCAGUUUAUGCCAGCUCCUUGUAUUUUGCUGCACUAGCUCGCUUUAGAAGCUAGACCGGAGCACUGACUAAGUGAGCUAUGUAUGUCUAAUAACUGUAUCAUAUGAUAUCGACUCAGAACCUUCCUAUACAUGCAGAGCACUUAUUAUUUGAGUAUUGAUUCUGUGAGUAUAGGCUAUUUUACUAA